AUGGCCAGUUCAGGAGAUUGCGACAGGAACAGCUGUUCAUAUGGCUUCCUCCAGUAUGAACCUUCGCUGGCCGGCAAUGUAGUUCUACUGGCCUUCUUCGCUAUCUUAAUUCCCAUCGCGCUGUUCUUGGGCUUUCGGUAUCAAAGCUUGAUAUUCGCCGUAACGAUCACCACUGGUCUUUCACUCGAAAUCAUCGGCUAUGUCGGUCGGUUACUUGCUCGAAGCAACAAAAACAACAAAGCAGAUUUUAUUCUAUUUCAACUUGGCACUUUACUAGCUCCAAUAUUUAUCUCGCUCGCUGUGUUUCGACUGAUGCCACCUAUCGUGGCGGCAUAUGGUGAUCGCUAUCGGGCCUGGAGGCCAGCCUGGCACAAUAUCGUCUUCUACGCAUUUUCUGCAGUGUGUAUAGUACUCCAGACAAUUGGUAGCGUUCUUUCCAUGUUGGCCGACACCAAAACCUCAAAUGACAUUGGAAUACGUCUGCUUGUCGCUGGCUUAGCAAUUCAUAUAUCCAGCCUAUUCAUCUUUACAAUAUUAGGAGUACGCUUUGCCUUGGCAGUACGCCAAAGGAAGGGGGGUUGGGACCGUGAUAGUAUCAUGGUAUAUAAAACACCUCGCUUCAAGUCGUUUAUUAUUGGCUUGAGUAUUGCCGCAAUACUCCUCAUCGCUCGAACAGCAUACCGGAUGAUAGCUGUUGCCGAAGGACUAGCAUCAACUCUUGCACAAGACGAAGUGUUGUUUCUCGUCCUGGAUGGAGCGUUGAUGCUCGUCACUAUUGCACUACUGUUGGCAUUAUUUCCGGGUAGGGUGCUAGGUGCUUCCCAGCCUGACAAUGCAGCUUAUGCGCAACGAACGUCGCAAAAGUCGAUCAAUCGACCUGCGCCUAUCCAGCUUGAGCGUAAUUUCCUUGGUCAAAACCGCAACCGCGUCAGCCUCAAGUCAAGUGCCGCCAAUACUCCGAAGACGUCGCCGAAGUAUUCACCCAGGAAGUCGAAUAUACCGCCGCCACCCGCGCGACGAAAUAUGGUCGAUAGUGAGCAAUUGUGGUAA